AUGAAACUUCUCACUCAUAACUUCUUGUCAUCCAGGUUUCUGAAGAAUGUGACCAAUGGUUAUCCACUUAUUCUUCGAGCUAAUCAAAUAGCUAAUAAGGAACUUGAUUAUGCUUCUUUAUACAAUGCGGCUUAUUCGAUCGGUGAAGCUGGUAACAUGCCUGCGACUUUACCUGAUGAUUGGGAGACGAAUACACCGGUACUAAUGGAGGUUUGUUCCUUCGCUUGA